GGCCACAAAAGGAGCAAGAGCUCCCAAGUCAAGUCCCUCUUGUAUCGCGUUUCCUCGAAGCAGGAUGGGACGUCUGAGGGCAGCGACGCGACAUCCAACUCAGCCUCGUCAAACGCCUCGAUGACUUCUCCACCAGCCACUUCGGCGGCCCAGCAAGCGGCGCCUCGCAGCAGCAUGGCGGGGUCCCGUCACCGCCCACACCUCUCAACCACCAUGUCCAACGCCGCCCAGUCCGACACGCUCGUCGCGCCCAGCGCGAGCGAUGCUAGCAAGUCGCCCACCUCGCCCACGGCCAAGGGCGCGUCCAUCGAACAAUCCGUGCGCCUGUUCCGCAUCUUCGAGGCCCUGCGCAAUGGCGACACCGCCGCCAUCUCCAAGGCCAUGCGCGAGGAAGCUUCCACCGGGCCCGACGAGCGAAGGAAGAGCACGGUGUCCAUCGCGGGAGCUAGUCGCCUAGAGGGCACAACCAUACUGCACCUGGCCGUACAAUGCGCCGAGCUACCCGUCAUCGAGUUUGUGCUCUCCAGCAUCUCGGGCGGGUCCGCGAUAGACAUAAACGGGAGAGACAAGGAUGGAAACACGCCGCUGCACGUUGCUGCGCAGCUUGGUCGCGCUCCCGUUGUGCGCAUGUUGUUGGAACAGAAGGAUAUCAACGAUUCUUUGACCAACUACCAGGGACAGACACCGCUGGACUUGGCGCGCACGCCCGACAUCUUCCAGCAGCUGCAGCUUGCCAGGUCCAUUUUUAUCGAUACCAGCGUUAGACAAAUCCAAGAGUUGGUGGCUACGGAUGAUUACCAAACGUUGGAGAAGGUCCUCAGCGACCCUCGCAUCAAAACAACUCUGGAUGUCAAUGGCGGCGAGCUGACCAAGGACCCGAUCACGGUGGAGAGCGGAGGUACUCUGCUUCAUGAGGCGGCAAGGAAGAAGGAUACGCAGCUCAUUCAGCUGCUGCUGCUCAACGGAGCCGACCCCUUCAAGCGAGACCGCAAGGGCAAGCUUCCUCAAGACGUGACGAAGGACGACAAGACGCGUGCCAUCCUGAAAAGGUCUCCAGCUGCAGCUGUGGCUCAGCGGGGAAUUCAAGAGAAGACAAUCCUGGGAGGUGCAGUGCCACAAGCUGUCGCAACCGGCGGUGCAGAGGUUGCGCUGGGUGCUAAGGAAGGUCGUGAAAUGAAGGGUUACUUGAAGAAGUGGACCAAUUACACGAGCGGCUAUAAACUUAGAUGGUUUGUUCUCGAAGAUGGCGUUCUCAGCUACUACAAGCAUCAAGAUGAUGCUGGAUCAGCGUGCCGUGGCGCCAUUAAUAUGAGGAUUGCCAAGCUGCACAUGGAUCCCCAGGACAAGCUGCGCUUUGAGAUUCACGGCAAGUCAUCUGUCAAGUACCACCUCAAGGCCAAUCACCAAGUCGAGGCCAAGCGUUGGUUCUGGGCCCUCAACAAUGCAAUCCAAUGGGCCAAGGAUGAAGCUCGCGAGGAAGAAAAGCGGCAAACUCGCGAAAGCGAGGCUUUGCGCCAGGCGAAAAUGGAACAAAUGGCACCUCAGGAAUCUGACCAACAGAGCACGUCUAGUUCGAAGGCUGGACAAAGAAUGUCAGUACUUGGCCCGAGCGCUAGCGGAACCUUGGGCGUCCCGCUUUCAAACUCGCGGACCGGCCCAAGCACGGCGGAAGACGACGAAUAUGGCAACAGUACCUAUGACCCUAGCCUUGGCGAGGAUGUACACAGGUUUGCCAGCCGUACAGGCACCAACCAUAUCGAAGGCGACAUGGACGAUGAGGAAUAUGGGGAAGAAGGCAGCAGUCAGGAAGUCCAGCCUGCAAGCAAAGACGCUUUCAACAUUACUGCGCAAUCGGCCAAGCUACAGCUCGAUUUGCUUGCCCAGGUUUCGGCUGCUAUGCAAGCCGAAAAGACCAAGAACCCCGAGACGCCUUUAUCUGACCCUAGUGUCACCCAAGCAUUCGCUUCCUAUGAAGGUGCUGUUAGUAACCUGAAGGGCCUGGUUGGUGACUUGCUUCGUAUCGCUCGUGAUCGCGACGCAUACUGGCAGUAUCGCCUGGAUCGUGAAGCGAAUGUCCGUCGUAUGUGGGAAGAGAGCAUGGCCAAGGUCGCACGAGAGCAAGAAGAGCUUGAAAGCAAGAUUGGUCAAUCUGAAGACAAGCGCAGACGUCUGAAGAGAGCACUUAGGGAUGCCGCAGAGGGCCUUCCUGACACUGAGAAGGGUCAGAUGGUUUCAGAGCCUGAGCCGAUUGUUGAAGUCGACGAAGAUGCACUUACCGUUCCUGACGACGGUGUCCGCCCGCGGUCACGCAAGAGUAGCACGGCGAAGCAGACAUUGGCAGAGCUGGGGGAGCUUUCAGAUGACGAGUCUGACGAUGAGGAGUUCUUUGAUGCCAUUGCCGAGGGAGAUGUCGAAGUUGUCGAAUCUUUGCCUGUCGUCGGCGAGACGUCGAAGGGUGAAGAGGAGCCCCCUGUGGAGGCUGGCGAUUUGAGAGAGGCCAAGGGCAAAGAGGUAGAGCCAUCUUUCAAGGGCUACGAGGACCACGUCCGUACAAGGUUAAAGAUGGAGGCCGAUGAUAGACCGAAGAUCUCGCUUUGGGGUAUUCUCAAAUCCAUGAUUGGCAAGGACAUGACCAAGAUGACUCUACCCGUCUCUUUCAACGAGCCGACGUCUCUGUUGCAGCGUGUCGCUGAGGACAUGGAAUACACCGACCUCCUUGAUAUUGCUGCUGAGCGUGCGGAUCCCACGGAGCGCAUGGUCUACGUUGCCGCCUUUGCUGCCAGUGAAUACGCGUCGACCAUCGGUCGUGUGGCGAAGCCUUUCAACCCACUGCUUGGAGAGACGUAUGAAUAUGCGCGCCCCGAUAAGGGUUACCGGUUCUUCAUCGAACAGGUCAGCCAUCACCCGCCAAUUGGUGCUGCGUGGGCGGAAUCUGCGAAAUGGGAUUACUAUGGUGAAUCUGCUGUGAAGUCCAAGUUCUAUGGCAAGUCCUUUGACAUCAACCCUCUGGGAACCUGGUUCCUGCGCCUGCGUCCCUCGACCGGUGGCGAAGAGCUCUACACCUGGAAGAAGGUGACGUCUACUGUUGUUGGCAUCAUUACCGGCAGCCCAACCAUCGACAACUACGGUCUCAUGGAGAUCAAGAACCACACGACGGGCGAAGUGUGCACGCUCGACUUCAAGCCGCGUGGCUGGAAGGCCAGCUCGGCCUACCAAGUCGCAGGCAAGGUCGUAGCCUCAGACGGCAAGACGCGCUGGAGCAUUGGCGGCCGCUGGAACGACAAGAUCUACGCGCGCCUGACACCGGGCUUCGAGGACGGCGACAACGUCGGCAGCAAAAACGACAAGCACGCCGUGCUGAUCUGGCAAUGCCACGAGCGGCCGACAGGCGUGCCCUUCAACCUGACGCCAUUCGUGAUAACGCUGAACGCGCUGCCAGACAAGCUGCGCCCGAUGCUGCCGCCGACGGACACGCGCCUGCGGCCCGACCAGCGCGCCAUGGAGGACGGCGAGUAUGACUUUGCGGCCACGGAGAAGAACCGCGUCGAGGAGAAGCAGCGGGCCAAGCGGCGGGAGCGCGAGGCCGCGGGCGAGGAGUUCAGUCCGAAGUGGUUCAGGAAGAGCGUGUGCGAGACUACGGGCGAGGAGUUCUGGAAGUUUAGCGGUGAGUAUUGGAAGAUGAGGGAGCGGGUGGCUAAGGAGGAAGGCCCGUGGGAGGGCCCGGAGGAAAUCUUCUAG